AUGUCUAUGACGCUCGGCGGAGACGCAGAGUCAGCUACCAUUCCCAUCGCGGCCCCUACAGAAACGCCGGCGUCGCGGUUCAGGAAAAUAGCGUACCUCAGCUCUGGGCUGGGUGCAAACGCAAGAGGGGAUACACAUGCGCGAGAGCGAGUGACUCCCCGAACGAAGUGGUUAGUAGUGGUUGUCCCGCCCACGACCUUUCCGCAAGAGCCAGGUCACCUCGGUCACACGCUGUCCUCGGGCCCAUCGAGUCGGUUGUCUUCCGGUCUCCUGAUGCCUUUAUUCCCAACGAUGUAUGGACAACUCUCAGCAAUCGCGAAGGAGUUCAACUUCCCUAGCACGACCGGCCUUUGCUUGUAUCUUCAUGUGACCGAGAGCGGGUUCACGUUCACUCCCCGCAUUUCGGACGAAUCCUGGCAACUCCUGUGGGGUCACUUAUUUGAGGCUCGAUCACCGGUCAGCUCGACUGCGCAGCUGCCUAUCAGCGGCAGGAUAGAAUUCGACAUCGAUCUGCGCAAGGCCCGAUGGUACGACGCGUGGAUUGCAUCUUCCCAAAGGGAUGCGUAUGAUGUUCCCAUGUCGAUGCCCGGCUCCCGCGCCCCGUCUGUUGUGCAUGCUCGGCACGACAGUAGGACGACUUUUGCUGAGGACAACAUGGUGGACGACCAGGUGGAUACUGAGUCUGUAACGCAGCGAACGAGAACCAUGCGUCAUGUCCCAAGGAAACUGUCUCUUCUGGACCGCUUUGACACCCUCUCAGCGCGUUCGGUGUCUCGGGCUCCUUCACAAGCCGAAAUAUCUCCGCCCAAGCCAGAACAUUCUGACCACCGGGCCAUUAACUCCCUCUCACCCAUUGUGCAGGAGGAAGAACCCAAGUCUGCGAAGAAUGACCUAGAGUCUCGCGUUCGGAACUGGAGGGCCAGUUCGUCUGUUGCUCCUACUCCUUUGGCUGCGACCGGUCAAUUCAGCCUGGAUCCCGUUAACAUGCCGAAUAUCGUUUCGCUAGAUUCACCCGUCGUGGAAGGCGAGUAUGAACUCAACCUUGACGACUUCACCUGGUCUAUCUCGUCUGCGGGACCGGAAGAGUUUGAAUAUGACGUCGAGUCAGUCUCGUCUGGACGUGUGCUAUCUGUGCAUAUGGACCGUAGGGCGGAAGGUUCAGUCUGCCUUACUCCUUCGGUUUGCACCUCGUACGGGCCAGAGGACUAUGAUGAUCUUUACUCUCCUGUCUCAAAUGUGGAUCGCCUACCUUCUCCCGAUCUCGGUCAGCGGAUGUUGGAGAGCGUCCCGCCUACCCCAUCAACUGCUACAAGCUGGGGUCCGGAUGACUACGCCUACGACUACCUCUACUCGCCCAUCUCCAACGUUUCGCGCCUUCCUUCGCCCGAUCUGGGACGCAGGAUGCUAUCCAGCCCUCCUCCCACUCCUUCGACCGCUACGAGCUGGGGCCCUUCGUCGUCAUACCCGCCGUCGCCCGUGGUGAGCGAAGGCUACGCCCAGUCCGUCGACAUCGGCUUGCGCAAUGACGGCUGGAGCAGGCCGAAUACGCCGUCGACGGCGACCAGCUGGGGUCCUUUCGAGUCCUACCCCCCCAGCCCCGCGACGCCGUACUACAUCCGGACGCCUGAUGCCGGCGAGCGAGCGUUCGAUCUGGAGAUGCCCGCGGAGAGGUUCUCCUUCCCGUAUUAUAACGUGUGGACACGCGCUCCCUGGAGGUUUGUCUGGCCAUAUACUCGACAACGGGAGCCGGAUAAUGAGCAGACGCUUGAGGUGUCCCCGCCUGACGUCGGUGCAGCGCCACAGAGUCCCUUCGGAUUCCCGUAUUAUAGGGCCAGGCAGUCUGAGCCUUGGAGUAUGGUUUGGCCAUACCGUAUUCAAAAGGAGGAUCGUGACCUUGCCGGUGACAAUUCGGUACGGUUGAGCGCGAAGUACCCCAGGUUUGACCUCUAUCCCGCUGUGUACCCGCAUCUCGACAUUUAUCCCCCGAUCGUGCCGGCCUACGAUGCCAGGGAAAAGGUAUCGGUCGCAAUACCCGCGCGCUAUCCCACGUUCUCGUUGUAUCCUGCAGUCUAUCCUUGCCUGGAGAUCUACCCCGGUUAUAUCAACGUCCUGGAGGGUGUCAGAACCGAGCAGCUGACGCCGAAGUAUCCCACCUUCAGCAUCUAUCCCGCUGUCUAUCCGCACUUUGAAAUCUACCCUGAGCACGUCUGUGGUACAGGAGCUGCUUCAUUGGCGGUGAGUUUGAGUCGCCGGAUCAUAUCUCGCGCUCCCAAGGACGUGGUCCCCAGUAUUUCUGCGGGGGUGUAUCCGCACCUCCAGAUCUACCCUAGUAUCCGCCCUCGGAAAGCAGGUGACAGGCAGCUAAUCUCGGUGACUCUAUUCAAGUAUCCUGUCAUGAAAAUUUAUCCUGCCUCAUACCCCCACAUGGAAAUCUACCCGGGUCAUGUCCACAGUGCCGAAGUAGAAGAGCCAAUAAUAGUCUCCCUUCCAUCUGCAUACCCGGCCCUCGAGAUCUACCGAGCGGUUUAUCCUUGGAGUUUGAUCAGCAUUUACCCUGCCCACCGUACCUACAAGGGUCAACCACUUUCGGCCAAGCAGGAGCGUACAGAGCAAUACCCGGACUUCGAUAUUUAUCCUGCUAUUCAUGACCCCUCGCGCGAUGAGGGAUACUACAAGACUCGAUCCGUUGAGCUUAAGGCGAGGUACCCGGCCUUCGAUCUCUACUCGGCAUUGUACCCCCAUUUCAAUAUCUACCCAUCAGCGAGUGGUCCCGUGUGCACUGCUAGGGCGGGUUCUGGUUCUCAGGCUUCAAAGGGAAAUUUCUUGCGCGGGAUCGAUAUGCGGCUCUCAGCUCUGUAUCCCUCCUUCAACCUCUAUCCAGCCGCUUACCCUCACUUCGAUAUCUAUCCAGCGUGUUUCGUGCUUGCCGCAGAGGCACUUGGCCCAAGUCGACUUAGUCCUCGGUAUCCGUUCAUCAGCUUAUAUCCCGCGGUUUACCCCUCCUUUGAGAUCUACCCUGGCGUCGUUUGUGACGGUGCCCUGCCCGGUGUGAUCUCUGUUAGGUUGGUUGGCAAAUAUCCGACCAUUAGGACAUAUGAGGCUAUCUAUCCUCAUCUAGACAUCUAUCCGGCGGCCUCAUGUGCCUCGAUGUCGGCAGUCAGGAUGGCGAGGAGUCGGCGGACUCAUGCCGAGUUACACGAGGAAGUGUUCUCAUCUGGCUAUGUUAUAAGAAAGCAGCCAUGGAAGACGCAUCUGCAACUGCACGAGGAAGUGCUCGCUUCGGGCGCAACAGGGCCAAGGUCUGAAUCCCCUCCACGGGGAAAUGUCAGUCCCACUGAGCCCGCUCGGCGCAGGGUCUCGUUUGCAUCUGAUACCGUCAUCGAACCCGCCCAUGCUUCUGCCCCAGCCCCGCGCAUCACUCGCUCGCGGUCUGGUACUGUGAAGCUUGAUAUUCCUCCUGUACCUCCCCUCCCCCCGCAGUUUGUAUCGAAGCCCGCUCCCUCUCCGAAACCAUCUCCAUUACGUGGUGUGCCGCGGAAUGGUCUACCAUUGCACCCCGCCCAGAAGGUCAGGCCUAUUUCCGUUGUUGUCGAUACCAUGGCGGAACACAGGAGGACGUCGUCCUCAUCUUCGCAAUCAUCAAAUGCAGAGAGUUGGGAAACGUCGCCGUCCGCGCGUGUUGCCCGGACGAAGUCUAUGAUCAUGACGGGCAUGUCUCCUGAAAGCCCUGUCGCUACACUGGACAGAUCGAACUCUUUGAAUGAUGCCAGGAGACCCAGCCGGCCACGGAAUAGCCUAGUGUCCGAGCGCAUGAAAGCCUUUGACAACUCGUCGUCAUCCUCCUCUUCUGAGCGCAGCGACCCUGACGGUACGCCCGUAAGGAUCACCCUGAACACGCUGUCUCAAUUCCCUAUGCCCCCGGCUCCGAAGGCCGUGCCCAUCCCUGAUGGCAGGAGACGUAUAUCAAAACUGGACAGAUCCAAGUAUCCGUUCGCAUGA